AUGAUAAAGAUUAUUAACAUUGCCUUUUAUUUAAUUUUUUUAAAUUCAUAUAUUUGUGAAAACAAUAUAAGUUUGAUAAAUAAAUCUGAAAGCACUCAAUUUGUAGAUUUGCAAAAACCUAAUUUAAGACAUGGAGGUUUAAGUAAUAGUUAUACUAUAAGAGAGAAAUAUAAUAAUUUAGGAAGAACAGAUGAAAAAUUACAAAACAUCCAAGGGUUUUAUAACACCAAUGACAUUCAAACAAUUCAAGGUCAAGAUGAUUCUAUACAAGCCGCUGUAGAUCCAAUUGCUCCAGAACAUGCAAGCAAAGAAAGCUCACUAGACGAAACUUCGCAAGCACAGUUACGUGAAAAAGGUGGUAGUGGAACAGGGGAUCAUACAAGUACUCGAGAAGAAAAAACAAAAACAGAAAGUGGACAAAAUGAAUCUGAAGAUGGCAAAUCAGCUGUAGGAAAUCCUACACCAAAUUUAGAACAUGCAACAGCAGGAGAACAACCUAUAACAAGUCCUUCAACUGAAGGAUUAAUACCAAGUGUAAAAAAUCCAGAAGAUAGUAAAGCGCAAAAUCAAUUACAAACAAUUCCAGAUCAUCAAGAACAACAAGAACCAGCUCCUUCUGGUGGUUUAGAACAAACAAAGAUUGUCGGUGGAGUAACAGUUGACAAUAAAGAUGGUACAGGCUCACAAAUGGAUGGGCAACAUGCGGACAAGCAAGAACAUGAUGCCGUAGAUGAUGAGGAAGAUGAGGAUGAUGAUGACGAUGACGAGGAAAGUGCAGGUGAAGAACAAGAUGAAGAUAUAGAUACAGGUAAUGGUGUAGACGGUAAACCUGAAGAAAAAGGUAAGAAGAAAAAAAAAAAAGAAAAAGACAAACCAUCAUUAUCAACAGAACCACAAGCAGCACAAGAUAGUGUAGAGCAACCUCAACCUAUUCAGAGUGAUUCGGCAGUAACAGAGAGCGCUCAAAAACAUAGUUCUCAAGAACAUGCAGAAAGCGCAAGUGUAGUUGAUACAUUAACACCGAGAACAGUAGCAGGAGUCACAAAUGAAGAUGAAAAUUUGCCACGUGAAGAUGCUUUACAAGAAAAAGCAUUAACACCAGAAGUAAAACCAAAGCCGGAAGUAUCAUCACAGGAAACCAAAGUUAUAGAAGAGGGAACUGUAGGGGGAAGUACAAGUGGUCAUUCUACAGAAUUACCAACAGAUCAAAGUGAUUUAAAUGCUGCAAAAGAAGUAGACAAGGUACAAACAAGUGAACAAGAAAAGCAAACACCCAUAAUACAAGAGAUUGCUGUUCCUGAAGGUAGCUAUGAUGAGGGAGAUGAAGAUGUGGAAGAAGAAGAAGAUGAAGUAGAUGAAGAAGAAGAAGAAGAUGAGGAUGAGGAUGACGAAGAAGAAUUAAAUGAAGAAGAGGAAUUAGAUGGCGAAUUAGAUUAUGAAGAAAUAGAAGAAGGUGAAGUUGAAGUUGAAGAUGAAGGUGAAGGAGAAGGAGAAGAUGAAGAUGAUGAUAGUGGAGGUGAAAAUGAAAGUAGUCCGAGUGAUGAAAGAGAAACAAGAGAUAGACAAAUGGAAAAUGGGGAUAUGCAGAAACAUGAGAAACAACCAACAGAUGAUAUCUUAUCUGAGGAAGAAAUUUCAGAGUCUGCAAUUGAGAAACAAAAAAAACAAGAAGAGUCUUCAAGAAAAGCAGAACAAGAUCAGUCACAGGAACAUUCUGAACAACAAAAACAAAAGGAAAUUAAGCCUCCAUCAAAUGAUAGUAGUGCUCAUAAAUCAUUAAUUAAAGACUUUAAAGAUGAUACUAAGGUUAAAAAAGAAGCAGAAAAUAAAGUAAAAAAUAUGAUAAAUUUAAUUGGUGAUAGUGGAGUUGUUGAUACAUUGAAAGAUUUGGCCAAAGAUAUGGCUCAAAUUUUUCUUAAUCUUUAA